GCUCUCCCGAGACCGUUGCUGCCGAGAGGCGCUAUUGAUCCGACAUAACCGUUUAAUCCGCUUUGUUUGUUUUAGCUCGGUUCUCGAGGAAGCACUUAAACCGUAUUCCUAGCUUGGGAUUCAAGCAACCAGAUACCGCUUACACACUUCGACAAGGUCUCGCAGAGAGCAAUACUUCCUCGCGCUUACACAACGAGGCUUCCCAGCAUUGCGGUUGCGGUUAUUCGAGCCGAGAUCCAAGCCGAAGCUCUCCUCUUCUUCAUUGCAAACUCACCCACCAAACCAAACCCCCUUCUUGACCUCUUCUCACUCAACCUCCCACCCACCCCCUUUUCCCCAACAACUAAACAACCAAACCACCACCACCCCCAACCAACCCCCAAAAUGUCCACCAAACACUUCCUCCCCCACCCCACCAACCUGGUAACCACCUCCCUGCACUCCCUCACCCUCACCAACCCCGGCCUGGCCCUCGACACGGCCAACAAAGUCAUCUACCGCCGCCCCGGCUACGGCCCGCCCGCCAGCCAACAACACGUGCACAUCGUGUCGGGCGGCGGCUCGGGCCACGAGCCGUCCUUCGCGGGCAUGGUCGGCCCCGGCCUGCUCAGCGCCGCCGUCGCGGGUACGAUAUUUGCUAGCCCCGCGGCGGAGCAGGUGCGCGCGGCGAUUAUGGGGCGGUUGGAGGAGGGUUGUGGUCGCGGGGAGGGAGGGGAAGGGGGAGGAGGGGGGGUGUUGGUGACGGUGAUGAAUUAUACGGGGGAUGUGCUGAACUUUGGGGUGGGUGUGGAGAAGGCUAGGGCGGCCGGGGUGAGGGUGGAGAUGGUGGUGGUGGGGGAUGAUGUGGGUGUUGGGAGGGCGAAGGCCGGGAAGGUUGGGCGGAGGGGGAUUGCCGGCACGGUGCUGGUGCAUAAGAUCAGUGGCGCGCUGGCUGCGCAGGGGAGGCGGUUGGAUGAGGUUGUUAAGGUGGCGCGGCUGGUGGCGGAGAAUUUGGUGAGUGUUGGGGCGAGUCUGGAGCAUGUCCAUGUGCCUGGGAGGGCGAAGCCUGAUGCCAACUCGGCCGAGUACUUGAGGGAUGGGGAGGUGGAGAUUGGGAUGGGGAUUCAUAACGAGCCGGGCUCGAGCAAGGAGGUGGUUGAGCUGCCGGAGCUGGUGCGGAAGAUGCUGGCGCAGAUGCUGGACCAGAGCGACAAGGACAGGGCGUUUGUGAAUGUCAACUCGAACGAGGUGGUGUUGCUGGUGAAUAACCUGGGAGGGGUUAGCGUGCUGGAGAUGGGCGGCAUCGUGAGCGAGGUGGCGGCGCAGCUCGAGAGGAGCUACAAUAUCCGACCCGUCCGCAUCCUCAGCGGGACGUUCAUGACGAGCCUCAACGGGCUGGGCUUCAGCAUCACGCUUCUGAACGUGGUCAACACCGACAUUGGCGGGCCAAGCAUGAUCGAGUUGCUCGACUACCCGUGCGAGGCCACAGGCUGGUCGUCUCCCAUCUCGAAACGGACGUGGGAGGAGAAGAACACGGCCACCCGGGAGCAGGACACGUCGGGUGGAGGUGAUACCAAGCCUAGUGGCCUGAAGAUGGACGGCGCAGCCGCACAGCAGGCGCUCCGUCGGGCCCUGGAGGCAGUUGUGGCGGUUGAGCCGGAAGUGACGCGCUACGACACUGUGGUAGGAGACGGUGACUGCGGAAUUGGGUUGAAGAGGGGUGCCGAAGCCAUCUUAAACCACCUACAGUCAAAUCCGCUGUCGGGAGACGCUGUGGUGGACUUGGCUAAUAUUGUGCCCAUCGUUGAAAAUGAGAUGGACGGUACUUCAGGGGCACUCUACGCCAUUUUCCUCAACGCCCUCUUGGCCUCGCUGAGGUCCCAGGGCGAAGGCGAGGCAUCCCCCAAAGUCUGGGCGUCGGCUCUCAAGCAGAGCUGCGAAGCCCUGUCUAAGUACACGCCGGCCCGACCGGGAGACCGCACCCUAGUGGAUGCUCUAUACCCCUUUGUCGAGGUUCUUGAACAGACAGGCGACAUCAAGCAGUCAGCCGAGGCAGCUCAGAACGCGGCCGAGGGCACCAAGGGAAUGAAGCCUAGCCUGGGCCGGACGGUGUACAUUGGCGGGUCCGGCUUUGAGCAGGUACCCGACCCUGGUGCAUGGGGUCUUGCUACCUUCUUCCUGGGUCUGGCGGGGAUCAAGAAGGUGGAUGAAGGGUGGGAGAAGUUGUGAGGGGUGAAGGGCAGGUGGUAUUCUGUACUUGUUCUCACAAACUGAUCUUGUAAGUGCUGGUGGAAAAAAUAUGGGACAUGUAUAUCCGGAUAUCUUUUACCGUCACCUCGAAGUCCGGGUUAGGGCAAAUCAAGUUUACUUGGAACUG